UACCAACAAUUUUUUAUUUUUCCAACUGCCAACUUUCCUCUCUCCCUUGUCUCCACUCGUAUCUUCAACCAAAGAAAGGAAAGAGAAAAAAACCCAAACCGAACCAGAGAGAGCAUCAAAGAAUAAUCGGAAUGGAAGCUGAUGUUUCCAUCCUAAAACCCUAAUUUUUCUCUCUCUAAAAUUAAUUAGCCUUAGAGUUUGUGCGGUUCUGGUGGGUUCAAGUAGUUAUCAGAUUUUAUAAUAGAGAUGAUGAAGCUUUUCCUUCUCAUCAAUAUUUUUCUCUCUUUCAUGGCUUGUGCGGCUUUUGCUAAUGUGGUAUUGAUUGGGACCAACGUGACCUUGUCGUUCAAUGACAUCGAAGCCAACUUUGCUCCGACAGUGAAAGGGUCUGGAAUGUGUGGCACACUGGACUUGGCGGAGCCUCUUAAUGCAUGUUUGCCGUUGAUAAAUAAGGUUAAUUCAACUGAAAAGAGCGCUGGUUCCCCUUUUGCAUUGAUUAUUAGAGGAGGAUGUAGCUUUGAGGACAAAGUUAGAAGAGCACAAACUGCAGGCUUCAAAGCAGCCAUUGUCUAUGACAGUGGCAAUGGUGAUUUGGUUGCAAUGGCAGGAAAUUCAGCUGGUAUAAAAAUACAUGCCGUCUUUAUUUCCAAAGCUUCAGGUGAAGUACUCACAAAGUAUGCUGGCAUUACCAACAUCGAACUGUGGAUAAUUCCAAGCUUUGAGAACUCGGCAUGGUCAAUCAUGGCCAUAUCUUUCAUUUCAUUACUUGCCAUGUCUGCUGUGCUGGCUACUUGUUUCUUUGUCCGAAGGCAUCGCAUAAGACGACAACGGCCUCGAGCUUCACGUGUUCGGGAAUUCCAUGGGAUGAGUAGUCGUCUAGUCAAAGCAAUGCCAAGCCUAAUAUUUACAUCAGUUUUAGAGGAUAAUUCUACUUCCGGAACAUGUGCUAUAUGUCUUGAAGACUAUACCGUUGGAGAGAAGCUUAGAGUUCUGCCAUGUCAUCACAAAUUUCAUGCUCUUUGUGUGGAUGCUUGGCUUACUACAUGGAGAACCUUUUGCCCUGUUUGCAAGCGUGAUGCUAGAACUAACACAGGUGAUCCACCAGCGUCAGCACUGACACCAUUGCUUUCAUCCAACCCCGCUUCUGUUGCUUCAUCUUCCAUACUGUCAUCCUUCAGAUCAUCAUUAGCAUCAUCUUCAGCCAUACAUAUAGCCCCAGCUUCUCGGUCCCCUUCACUUUCUCGUCCUCAUUUCCUUGCUAGCACUUCUCAUGUCCAACAAUCUCUGCAGUCGUACCAUCAAUCUCCAUACCUAAGUGCAAGCCAAAGCUCAGUAGACCUGAGGAAUGCUUCUUCCCAAAGAUCGCAUGCCUCCCAUUUGGUUUCACCUCAUUCAUCAGGUUAUCCUUCUAUAUCGCCUCUUAAUUAUAGAUACAUGUCUCCAUAUAUUCCUAGUCCUGGCAAUGAUUCACUGAGUCUUGCUGGGUCCUCUAGUCGGCAGCAACACCCCCUGCAUUGUAGUGAGUCAACUACAAGCUUCUCUCCCUAUGCUUCUGCUCAAUCUCUUCCAGGAUGUGAUUGAACUUUUAGUGUAUCAUAAAGAUCCUGAGUAGAUUAUACCAAAGCUCACCAGACGGAGGUGGAUGAACAGCAGUUGAGUUAUUUUGACCUCUAUUUCACACCUCAAAACAUCACGUUGAUUUGGCUUCACCUGAAGCGACAUGUAGUUUACUUGUGACAGAUAAUCCGGAAGUAAUGCAUUGCGUCUACUUUGUACAGUGUAUCAUAAGAUUGUGUUUUUCAUCUUGGGUUCACCUUGUAGUUGUGCUGCAUAUUGUGUUUAUUAUGCACGUAGGUUAAAAUUUGUGCUAUUCAUCUUUAACUUCUUAUGUUUGAGGGUUUCACACAAAAGUGAUGUGAAAUUUUAUUUUUGUUCUAUAAUAUUGUUUUAUUUAUCUUUAUUGGGGAAUAUUUGACCAUUAAUGGAGGAAAAAACAGGCCUUUGUAGAAA